CGAUGUCACACGGUUUUGUUGCUAGGUUGCUGCUAGCCCUGGUUCAUGCGGCUAACAUCGCUGCAGUCAGUUACCUCUCUCUAAAUCGCGUAGCUGUUCAGCGGCGGUUUUAGCGCGACACAGGUUUGCACGCACAUGUUUUAGAAUUCCAACAAUCUAGCGCAAACAAAGCGUCGAAGACGGAAAACUGCACGAUCUGCAUCUGGGCGCAAAUGCGUUGCUUGCUAAUUUAGCAUCCCUACAGCCAGGCAGUGUCAACAGGUUGCAGCUGCAGAGUGAGUGAGUGACUGAGUGUGUGUUACUGCAGUUAUUUAGAUUUUUGCGUGGACGGUUACUGUGUCGUAACUUUACAGAUUGACUGUUUUAGAACUCCAUUGUUGUUGUUUCUGCACCGCAGCACGAUGACGAUUACUCUUCUUAUAUCUGGCAAAUUUCGUAUUGCUUCAUAAAGUCGAGGAUCCAGGAACUGGAGGGAGAAGUCUAAUCCACGGAUUAAAAGCUGUCGGGAUGUGACCACGCAGAGUUGCAGUAUCGGACAGGAAAAUGCUGGCAACUGAAAAAUAACCAUGAACCAAAAGGACACAAAAUGGUGAAUGUUUUCUCAUUUACCUUCCCAUUCUCAUGAGGCCAACAGGAAAAUAUGGGCAUCCUGAGACUGGUAGCCAGAAUCAUGGGUAGGAUCAGUACAUUUAGAUCCUAUCAGUUUGUGCUUCUCCUGGCUGCUGCACUAGCUGUUGUAGCUUUUUACUACUUUGGCUCAGAGAAGCAGAACUUCUCCAGCACUACAAAGAGGAUCAAGCAGACCCAGGCCAGCCAUAACAUCAACCGAAAUGAUGCAGACCUCACUGUGGACACUAGGCUCUCGCAUACAGCUGGAUCAGAGGAGCAAGGACAGGAGGAUCAAGAUGUUGGAGACGAGAAUGAGAGGUUUGGGACACAACAUGGGGACAGCAAAGCUGCUGACCAACAUUACCAUGCACUCAUGAUGUUCACCAAGGUGGACAAGAGCCGGAGCCUGCAGGACAAGUUCCGGGUGGCCAUGUUGUCUAUGGUGAAACAUGGACGCUUUCUGGAAGGCGAGGUGUUGGUGCUUCAUUUCGUGAGUGACCAGCCCAGUCAAGAAAUGGGAGAGAGGAUGCUGCAACAAUUUCUUGUUGAUGCCACAUUCAAGUAUGAGGUGUUGUUUCAUGACGUGGUUGCUCUCACACAGAAGCUCUUCCCUGUAGUGGAGGCCAUGCAGAAGUACUUCAGUGCUGGCUCUGGAGCUUACUACAGCGAUGCCAUCUUCUUCCUGUCUGUAGCCAUGCAUCACAUCAUGCCUGACAAUCUGACACGAAUUGUGCAGCUUGACCUGGAUCUGAAAUACCGGACCAACAUCAGAGACCUCUUCCAAGAAUUUGACCAGUUUCCUCCAGGUGCAGUUAUAGGCAUCGCCAGAGAGAUGCAGCCAGUUUACAGACACACCUUUUGGCAGUAUCGGAAAGAGAACCCUCAGAGUAAAGUUGGCGAGCCUCCUCCUGACGGCCUUCCGGGCUUCAACAGUGGUGUGAUGUUGUUGGACCUAAGAGCAAUGAGGACCUCGGUUCUCUACAACGAACUGCUGAAGCCCAGUAACGUGGCCAAACUGGCUGACCAGUAUCGUUUCCGGGGCCACCUUGGUGACCAGGACUUCUUCACCAUGAUUGGCAUGGAGCAUCCUGAACUGUUUCAUUCCCUGCUCUGUGGCUGGAACAGACAGCUGUGCACGUGGUGGAGGGACCACGGAUACGGAAACGUGUUUCAGCUGUAUUAUCGCUGUGAUGGACCCGUGUAUAUCUAUCAUGGGAACUGUAACUCCCCCAUACCAGACGACUAAAUGCAGAAGUGCUGUGCUAAUAGCACUUUUUUUUUUUUUUUUGCUUUUCCAUUAGCGAUAGGACAUGGUACUUCUUUUUAAUAUCUGCUCUGACAAGGUUCAAAACGAGCUGAGACGAUACUAAAUGUGACGUCGACAGACUGCCGGCUACUGAUUGGCAGAGUGUCGGCACUGGAGGAGUCAUGAGCAUGACGUCCGAAACAAGAAUGAAACCGAACAGUGCAGAACUGCAGAUCAGUUAAAAAAGAUUUAAAAUCCUAAAGACAAGCGUUAAUCUCCAACAUUUAGCCGUGCGAUGAUGACACCACAUUGAGGAGGUACUAUAAUGGAAAACCACACUAAACCAUGUAGAGUUGAGCCAUGCCGAGCCGAGGCAAGCCUUGCUGGAACUGGGUAGUGGAAAAAAGCCAUAAUACUGCAUCUGAGGAGCCCAUGACACCUUGUGGAAAUUUUAAAGAAACAAUCUGGGGCACUUUAUUUUCCACCUCUGUGGCUUGUGGAUAGGGAGGUUUCACACCAGUCGGCCAUAACAUUCUGCCACAGCUCCUCUCUAAUGCAUCUUUCUGCGGGGGUCAGAGAAUGAACAAUAAUUCUGCAGGUGGCUGUGGUUAGUGCUCUGCAAUUACAGUUCAGCAAAGGCCAACGAACCCACUUAAGUCAAACACCUUUCAUAAGGAGUGAGUGUUUUUUUACUGUGCUCGCUCAUUAUAAAAACGCAGAAUCAAAACCACUUCAUACUUAGUAUUCAGUCUGAAAAAUGUCUUCAGUGAUGAACAGUUCAACACGCGUGAUGAGUGAGGUGAGAAAUUCAAUUUCCCACGUUACACGGUUUUACACAAUGCUGUCCGUGUCCAAGCAGUAAAUGAUUUAUCUGCGUCAGUAAGUUGAAUGUGCAAUGAUAUUUUUGACGGGCUUAUGAAUGAAUGAAUGUCCCUCAACAGAUUAGAAAUCUUUUAUAUAUGAGAUAUCUGUGAAUAUCUCAUAUAGAAUAGUAAUAGUGAUUUUAUAUAUAUAUAUAUAUUUUUAACUUUUGUGUGUUCAGCUUUUAUGGCAACAUUUUAUGUUUUAUUGAAAAUAAUAAACUAC